AUGACUGCAUCUAAGACUAACAAGGAUAUUUUCACACUUUUUGACAAGAAGGGCCAGAGCUCGAUAUCAAGACAAUCGUUUGGAGACUACUUGAGAGCGAUAGGCUACAAUCCCACCAAUCAGCAAACUGAAAAGAUUCUGGCGAAUGCCAAUGCUCCAGACCAACUAUCAUUAGAGCUCAUCGAUCAGUUAAUACAGUCGAAUGAGAAGGAGUUAAAUGCCACCACAACAGGCAAAGUUGACGAUUUUAUAAAAGCAUUUCAGGUCUUCGACAAGGAAAACACGGGUAAAGUAUCUGUCGGUGAUAUCAGAUAUAUGUUGACCUCCUUAGGGGAGAAAUUGUCGGAUGACGAAGUAGAUGAGCUGUUGAAGGGAGUGGAAAUUGACAGUGAGGGCGGCGUAGAUUACAAAAAGUUCAUCGAAGAUAUACUAAGACAGUAG